UGCCGCCCUUAUUAAUUAACCCAUUCAUUCAUACUGUACUGUACGCGCCAUAAUUGGGCCUACGAAUACGAUACGAGAGGGAGAGAACAUUUACCGGUUUACCCCCCAAACACCUUUGUCGUGCUUCCAGAAUCGCCAGGUUCCUGUCAAGGCCGUUUCUUUCCCCACUCGAUUCCGGAUUCCGCAAUGCCGAUGCUGCUGCUCCGAUUCUGAGUGCAGUUAGCAGCACCCAUCCAUGGCCGCCCGGUUGCCGGUAUAAACCCAGGAGGAGACGAGAACCGAGAGCUUCGAGAUCUCCUCUGCUUCCGCUCACCGAAAAGGAACCGGGCUAGCUUUGGAGCUCCACCCGUCGCCAUCCAUGGCCGCCGCCGCGCUGAGCCGCUGAACCACCCGCAGCAACCAACCAAACCAGGUCAAAUCAACUCACCCACGGCCGCGCGCAUAUUAAUCUCCCCAGCCCCCAAUCCCCGCUCCGCUCCACAAACAUCACCCACCCAUCCAUGGCGCCCGCGGCGAGGAGCCCUCCUCGGUUCCCGCCGGUGACGACCUACGACGCCUCGCUGCGACAGCGGCGGACGGCGGCGGCGGACCUCGACGGGACGCUGCUCGCCUCCUCCUCCGCCUUCCCCUACUACUUCCUCGUCGCCCUGGAAGCCGGCUCCCCACUCCGCGCCUUCCUCCUCCUCCUAACCUCCCCGCUCCUCCUCUUCCUCUACACCCUAAUCUCGGAACCCGCCGCCAUCUCCCUCCUCGUCUUCCUCACCUUCGCGGGUCUCGACGUCCGGGACGUCGAGUCCGUCGCCCGCGCCGUCCUGCCCCGCCACUACGCCGCGGGGGUCCGCGCCGACACCUGGGAGGUCUUCCGCGGAUGCGGCGGGGAGCGGAGGGUCGUCGUCACGGCGUCGCCGGCGGUCAUGGUCGGCCACUUCGUGCGCGAGUUCCUCGGCGCCGAGGUCGCCGGGACGGAGCUGAGGACAUGUGGGUGGUUUGGUGGCGGGAGGCGGUUCACGGGGUUGAUUGAGGAGGUGCUUGUCGGGGAGAGGAAAAGGGAGACGGUGGAGAAGCUCUUCGCCGGCGGCGACUUGCCGGAUGUCGGGCUCGGGGAUCGCGAGAGCGACCAUGACUUCAUGGCAAUCUGCAAGGAAGCUUACAUGGUGCCCACCGACAAACGAGCGCCACGCGCCGCCCCCGACGCGCUCCUGUCCCGUGCCAUCUUCCACGACGGCCGCCUCGUCCGCCGCCCGGAUGCGCCACAAGCCUUCUUCGCGCUCGCCUACCUGCCCGUCGGCUUUGGGCUCGCGCUCCUCCGUGUCUUCCUCAACCUCUUCGUGCCGGCGCACCUUGUUCGCUACACGUACCGCCUCACGGGCAUCCGCCUCGCCAUCCGGGGCACGCCACCGCCGACACCCCGCCAUGGCACCCCAGGCUCCCUCCUCGUCUGCAACCACCGCACGGCGCUGGACCCGAUCAUCGUCUCCGUCGCCCUCGGCCGGCCGGUCACCUGCGUCACCUACAGCGUGAGCCGGGUGUCGACGUGGCUGUCGCCGAUCCCGGCGGUGGCGCUGAGCCGGACCGACCGGGCGGCGGACGCGGCGCGUAUCGCGGCCUUGCUAGAUUCCGGGCGUGACGUGGUGCUGUGCCCGGAGGGGACGACGUGCCGGGAACCCUUCCUGCUGCGGUUCUCGGCGCUGUUCGCGGAGCUCACGGACCGGAUCGUGCCGGUGGCGGUGGAGGCGGCGCAGGGGACGUACUACGGGUCGACGGCGAGCGGGUGGAAGAUGCUCGACCCGUGGUUCUUCUACAUGAACCCGCAGCCCGGGUACACGGUGACGUUCUUGCCGGCGCUGCGUCCCGAGGAGACGUGCGGCGGCGGGAGGAGCGCCGUCGAUGUGGCGAACCACGUGCAGGCGGUCAUCGCCAAGGAGCUCGGGUACGAGUGCACGUCGCUCAGCAGGAAGGACAAGUACAUGAAGCUCGCCGGCAACGAUGGCACCGUCGCCGCCGGCGCCGAGUCUAAGGAGAACGGCAAGAAGUUUGCGUGAACCGUGUUUUGCCAUAUGAAAUUCUGACAACACGAUGAGGAUUCGGUUUCGUCUUGUAUGAAAAUUCUGGAGGCUUCGAUUGUAACAAGGUCUUUUUCUUUAUUUAUUUGUGGAACUAGCUAGGAAUUUGAUAACUAGCAAUCCAGGACAUAUGUAUAUGAAUUCGCAACACGAUGAAUAUAAAUUACUGCUUGACUAAAGCUAUA